AUGAUCGGUACGAGCUCCAUAGCCGCGCCUCUGACCAGGGUAUUCCUCCGUCCUUCUCGAUCACUGCGCGUUACAAGGAUCAUAUACCGGUCGAUACAUCAGUUGAGGGAUCUUUCUAGACCUACAGAGAAAGAAAUAGCCAAUAAGCCUCGUCUUCAACCAUGUGAUUGGCCUAAAGCUGAAUCGUCAUCGAUGGCAGCAGCGAGGUUCUCCUCUGCGCAUCAACUCUCCGAAUGGACCUCCUCGCCCACUACGAUCCUUCUCAUCCAGAAACGUGAAGAUGCCAGGACGACCAAAGCAAUGGGCGAUAUCCUAUCAUACCUCAAAACUCACUAUCCUCAUCUGCGUUUGAUCGUCGAACCGCACACAGCAUUGGACCACCCUCAGUUCAAAGAUCUCAUAGUGACUUCACCAGGAGAAGAAGGGUUAUUACCGCUUCAUACCAAUUUGGUAGUGACGCUAGGAGGAGAUGGAACUAUAUUACAUGUGUCCAACUUGUUUUCUCAAGGGGAAUGUCCACCUGUUCUGAGCUUUUCAAUGGGCUCGCUAGGUUUCUUGUUACCUUUCCACAUCGACUCUUUAGCAUCUACCAUCCAAUCAACCUUGAAUGGCCCUGUAUCAGUUUUAAAUAGGAUGAGGCUGGCAUGUACCCCGCUUUCGACGAAUGGGCAGGUUCUGGAUAGAUGUACCAAGGCAGUCGGAGAGGCAGGAUGGCAAGUGAUGAAUGAAGUGACUCUGCAUCGAGGAAGACAUGCACAUCUUACUGUUGUGGAUGCUUAUUUCGACGGACAACAUCUCACAGAGGCAGUGGCAGAUGGUAUCCUCCUCUCCACACCAACAGGAUCAACAGCCUAUUCACUCUCGGCUGGCGGACCAAUCUCCCACCCUGAGACUGACGCUUUCUUGUUAACUCCUAUCGCACCUCGAUCACUAAGUUUCAGAACAGUCAUCCUACCAGGAAGAGGAUCUGUGCAAUUGGAGAUAUCGCCUCUUGCUCGAUCUUCCGCUGAAUUAUCAAUAGACGGUAAGGAAGUGUGCUUGUUGAACUCUAAAGAAUCUGUGCAUAUCACGAAAUCACCUUAUCCUAUACCUUGUAUCGAGAGAGUAGGCGAAGAAAGUGGAUGGGUAAGGGAUAUCAAUUCGUUGUUGCAAUUCAAUGUUGGAUUCAGGAAUAAGAGUUUGUUAGGGCAUGGGACUGUGUGA